GUGGUAAAUAUUCAGUAUGGCUUUAUCUUUGAGGUUAAUUGUGCGUUUAUGUCGGUUGUGGGCCAGCUUGGCUCGUCGACGCAGUUAGUCGCAUGCUGAUGACGCGUUUGCUUUGACAUUGGCUUGCAACCAAUGCUUGCAACGUGAGAAGGGGUAACAUUAGCAACUUCGAUAUUAAAAAACUUGGCACUGUAACGUACUGUAAAUCUAAUUGUACGUAGUUUUUUGCUCUCUGUUUAUACGAAACAAAAUUUCCUCUCAUUUGUUAUCUCUUGUCUGGCCAUUCUGUGAGGAUUUGCCGUAGUUAUGGCUCUCUCUCGGAUAACAAGAACUCUUCCAGGGCUCCUUGUUGAGACUUCGUCAAUAGUCUUUCCAAGAAAGUUUAGUGUUUCUGCUGUAGCGGCUGCUAUUCAAAAGAUGACAAGAGUGCGUGUGGUGGACAACAGCUCCCUCGGAAAUACACCAUAUCACCGUCCCCCUAGAGUGAUCCAUGUCUACACGAAGAAUGGCAUUGGAAAAGUUGGUGACAAAGUCUUGCUCGCCAUCAAAGGACAGAAGAAGAAAGCACUCAUCGUUGGACACAAAAUGCCUGGUGAUCGCAUGACUCCACGCUUUGAUUCGAACAACGUUGUUCUCAUUGAGGACAAUGGCAACCCUACAGGAACAAGGAUUAAGGUCCCUAUUCCCUCACAUCUCCGUCAGAUGGAGGGAGAUUUUUCUAAAGUAUUGGCUAUAGCUAGUUCGUUUGUCUGACUGCAUCAUUCAAGAGAUUUGUGAUAAUCACUUAUUUUCUUCUGUGAAAUUGAUUAAAUUUCUUGUAUCCAA